AUGGCGCCGCUCAGACGCUAUCUGCGCAUCACAAAGUACUCUGUUCUUGAAGUACGAAUCUAUCUGGAUCGUCCAGCAGAUGCUGAGGCCUGGUUGUUGAAACGCGACAAUCCAGCGCUUCCACGCGUUAUCCAGGCGAUCCGUCCCCUGGUUCUGCCCAAGCUUCGAGAAGAAAAUGAGCGAGGUAAGGGCCGCAGUGGGGCGAAAGCGAAGAAGAAGGGUGUCAAAGAUGUUGUGGUAGAAGAUGACUUCGAGGUUUCGAUCUUUCUGACGGAACUGUCCUCCCGCCAUUCGGUAAUGACAAAACAGAAGAUGUUCAAGGACAAACCACGCAUACAAAGUAAUUCCGGGAAGCUCACCAACUGGCUCACAACGGGCACAAGUGAUCAACCGAUGGUCAUCAAUGAGGACACUACAGACCCAAUCGUCAUUGGAGAAGAGGACGAAGUUGUGGUCAAUCUUGCAGACAUUCCCGAGGCGGACACAUCUGCCAGACGGUCAACACGCACUAAGCGUAGCAGGAGCGAAAUAGGAAAUCAUGGUGCGAGCGAUGUCAGCGAUGGUGAGGACAUGGGUUUGUUCGUUCCAGAAACGGCCAGCAAGCGGGGCAAGACAAGCGCAGCACCAGCAGACAUCUAUGAGAAUGAAGCUGAAGAGGAGUCGCAAGAUGACAAGAAGAAGCUAGGGUUAAAAACCUCGUACGAAGGCUUCAGCAUAUACGGUCGCAUACUCUGUCUUGUGGUCAAGCGCCGCGGUGCAAGGAAGGGUGCUGGUGCACUGGUGUCCAGUCAACAGAUGCUAGAGAGCUGGGUGUCGACACAAGCUGCUGGGCAGGUGGACGAUGACGAAGACAACGGCUGA